UUUGUGCUUGGGCUCGUGGAAUCCGCGCCAUGGAUUCCUCGAAUGCCUCCGCUCAAUUUAGGUCCUUUGGCCCGCUCGGCUGCAGAUUGUACGCAUUUUUACAGUACCUAGAACUUGUUAUGGAUGUUUGGGCUUUGAUUUGAUCGGAAACGAGCGAGAUUUGGCGUAGUGUGAAGAAUUAGACGUUUACCGUUCGGAAGUCAGCGGUAGAGAGAAUUGCUAAGCUAGAGCUUUUACAUUUUUGAGGUGAGCGUGGUAGAGGAACGAUUCAAUCGCGUUAGAAUAGGUUUGGUGGAGAGAGAUGGAGGAAGGGCCCGACGGCGAUGCAGAAGCGGGCGCGGAAGAUAGCAGGAAGAAUGUUGCUUCUGACAACGCUUUGGUGCAUGUGAGGGGAUGAAUAGUAGCACGAUUACGUUGAAUGUAGCUUUGAGUUCCACCGUGAUUUCAUUGAAGGAUUCGUUGGUGGACCUGACGAAUAUCCCCAAGAACGAGCAACGUUUGAUUUACAAGGGCCGGAAGCUUGUUCAUGAGAGGACACUCGAUAGUUACCGUAAGCGAUUGCUUGAUUGUUCGUUUGGUUGAUUGAUGGCUGUGUUGGAUGCGUCACAUUUUUAUUCAGCAUUGUGGUCAGUGUUGUGGGUUUGACUGUUGUGUAAAUUUGAGUUGCGACGUUGACUUGUGAUUUCUGAUCAUGGUAAUGUGGAUUUGGUGGGUGGGAGUGGCAUCGUGUGAGUUUAUUUUGAGACAUUUCAUGCGAGGUUGCUCACACGCACGAGCUGCCUUAUAUACGUGGGUUUUGAAUACAUAUUGUUUUAAUGCAUUCCGUAUCUGAGAACAUAUUGGACGAACUCUGUUUAGUCUAUUAGAGCAAGCAAGCAAUCGCUUACUAGAUCAGCGUCCCACGCAAGGGGCCAGUGUCAUUCUUCUGGAAAGGAUUCCAGGUGAAAUGUUUAUUACUAACGAAACUGCUUUUUUUUUGUGUGUGUAUGUAUUUCUUUUUUCUUUAUCCCGUGUAUUUUUCAAACAAAAUUCAAGAAUCAUAAUGUUAAAUUUAAUUAGAAAUGUUAGAAGAUCAGGCGCAGACACUGUGAUGGGAUCAAGUCAAGACCAUAAUCGAUUUAUGUGCUGUGUCACUUGUCUCUGCAUGUCUACGUGAUAGGUACUGGUUAUAUGCACUAGUAAUGGUGGAUGUUUCAACUGAUUUUUAUGAGCAAUUUUCAUUUAGUUUGAUGCUACAUUAAUCAUGCAAAAAUAUGCCCAUCUCAUGGUGAAUUAUUUGCUACGAAGUAUUAAUGCUCGAAUUUGAAAAUGAUGAAGUCUUUUGACUGUAUUUCAAAAGCUCGAAGGCUGAAAGCCUCCUCUCAUUGUUGGCGGAAGCUAUGGUAGAGCCCCGAGUGUGACCAUUAAAACGUUAUUCCGAUGUAUGUGUAUCUCGUGAUUUGUAUUAGGUCUGAAAAGUGAUCAUACAGUUCAAUCAUUUGGUCAAAGGAAUGCCAACUUCAACUUAGGUGACAACUUCGACAUCCUCAUCUCAAGAAAAUUCUGCUGGUCAAAGGCAUCGAGGGGUGGGUUUUUUGAGAUUUACACCUGAAAUGGUAUUCAGAACUCCAGAAUUGCAGCAGAUUGAGCUACGAGUAAUAUUGAAGCCUCGCCCGAAGCGUCAAAUAUGGUCUGGCGUUUGUAAGAAACUGUCCAAGAGCCAGUAUUGAAUGCCACAACGAUGUGUGGGGAAGGCGGACAUGACAUGGCGUCGAACCCGUAUAUGGCUCUGACUGGAAUGAAUUGGGCUGCACAGGAUCAACCUGAAGGCCGAGGUGCAACUAAUAUUACAGAACUUAGAGAACGACUAUCGAACCUGGCCCUUCAUCCUCGGAAUGCUACGCCUGGAGCAGGAAUUCGAGCCGAUCAGGCAGCCUCGGCUGUUCCAGGUGCAGGGGAAGUUCUUCCAGACUUGGAUUGUCUUGCAGGACUUGGCCUCUCAGAACUUGAGAUGAUGAGAGAUCUUGUGGAGCCUUUGGAUCCUACCAUAUUGCAGCAGUUGGUGCAUAAUGCUCGUAUACAGGAGAUGCAUCAAUUAUAAAUAUGCAUCCCCAUCUACAAGCAUUGGUCAGCCAAAAUCCCGGUUUCAGAGAGAUGAUGCAGAACCAAGUCUUUAUUCAAUAACUGACCAGACCAGAGAUUUUUCAGCUCGCUGUGAGUAACCAGUUACAUGGAAAAAUCUAAUGACAUUUGUUUGAGAAAUUCCAGGUAGCUGGAUGUUGGACCCUAUACUCGUUCUAGAAUAUGAGAACAUGGGAAAUGUUAUCAUAGCAUGUCUUUUUAUUGUUGUGGGUGUAGCAUCCCUGAGGAAUUUUAAUGCGGAGCAGGUGUCGCAAUUCCAAGA